UUAAACGCGGCGCAUCAUCAUCAUCAUCGCAGACAACGAUUAUUAACCUAUACACUCACAUAACAUAAAACAAUACAAAACACACAUUAAAUCAACUUUAAAUAAAGAAAUAAAUAAACAAAAGGCUUAAAAAUUCUCAAAAAUUUUCAAUCAGUGUUAUUAGUGUUAGAGUUAAAAUUUGCACAGAAAGAAACAGUGUUUAAAAAAAUUAAGAAUUGGCGAAGGUGCCGGGCAUUGAAUGAAUCUGUCAAUGUCAUCGCCGAUGGACUGCUCGGCGACGGCGCUCAUGCCCGGCAUGCCCUGCUCACCAGUCGGUGAACACCAUCACAUCACAAAUGAAAUGAGAAGUUCGCCAGCAAGCGCUGAUUGUUACUCGUCGUCGGAGAAUGAACAACAUCCACUGGCACUGUGUCUACCACCAAAUUCGCAGACUUUAGUACAAGCUUCUAGGACUCCACCACCGCCAUGGUCGUUGCCUACAAAGAAAGGUGUUCCAGGUUUAAUCUGCGUGGUGUGUGGUGAUACCAGCAGUGGUAAGCACUAUGGUAUCUUGGCUUGUAAUGGAUGCAGUGGAUUCUUCAAACGUUCUGUGCGACGAAAGCUCAUUUACAGAUGCCAAGCUGGUACCGGUCGUUGUGUGGUGGACAAAGCACAUCGCAACCAGUGUCAAGCAUGUCGCCUCAAGAAAUGCCUCACAAUGGGGAUGAACAAAGACGUUUUUGUCCUUUCUGUGCAAAACGAAAGACAACCUCGCAAUACAGCCACCAUUCGACCGGAAGCCCUGCGCGACAUGAGCGUCGAACAAGAAAGAGCCCUUCGAGAGGCCGCCGUCGCCGUUGGUGUGUUUGGUCCACCGGUUUCCCUCACAAUGGCGCUGUCACCGGUAGCCAGGUACGCGCCCGGUGGGCUGCUGCACGCUGUACCGCCGCCUCCGAUGAUCAACCGGGAACCAUCGCCAAUCAAGCAGGAUGUCAGUAGUGACAACGAUGAGGAAAGUAUAGAUGUUACCAACGAGGAGGAGGAUACACCGGCUGGGUGCGGAGUGUCGUCCAGCAGUGGCCCGUUGCGACCCGAACCGCAAUCCGCACUCGCCGCUGGAUUAUAUCCCAGCUCCAGUGAGACUGUCUACGAGACCUCGGCAAGGCUGCUUUUCAUGGCUGUCAAGUGGGCGAAAAACCUACCCAGUUUUGCCAGCUUACCAUUUCGCGAUCAAGUAAUUUUGUUGGAAGAAGCUUGGAGUGAACUUUUUCUCUUGAAUGCAAUUCAAUGGUGCAUGCCAUUGGACGUGGGAGCGUCCCCAUUAUUCAAUCCUAACGAACACGCCAAAAACGGACACUCUACAACGGAUGUUAGGUAUCUCGCUGAUACUUUAAUACGAUUCAAGACUGUACAUGUCGAUCCAGCAGAAUUCGCUUGUUUGAAAGCAAUUGUUCUCUUUAGAGCAGAAACACGUGGUUUGAAAGAUCCAAGCCAAAUUGAGAACCUUCAAGAUCAAGCUCAAGUCAUGCUGUGGCAGCAUUGUCGUGCUCAACUUCCUGGUCAAGUGGCCCGAUUUGGUCGACUUCUACUCAUGUUACCCUUGCUUCGUAUUGUACCCGCCGCUCGUAUUGAGACUAUAUUUUUUCACAAAACCAUCGGCAACACUCCAAUGGAGAAAGUCCUAUGUGACAUGUACAAAAAUUAAGGCUAUUUUUUCAAUUCUAACUUUUAAUGUACAUAAAUCAAACAAAUGUAAAACAUAGAGUUAGAGUAAGUCUUGUUAGAGAAGUGAAUGUUUCGUGUGUAAGCCUUUAGGUGGCAAAUCGUCACUUGGCCCCAUUAUUGUAAAUACUCGACUGCAAUUCGAAACACAACGCGUCAUGACGUCAACGAUCAAACGCCUACGAAAUUAGAUUAUACUCAUUUAACUCAUACACAAUUUUGCCAAAAUCGUCAUUUUAACGUUGGUCUUACGCUAAAUGGCGUCUCUUGGCACAUAAUUCUAAUCGUACUUAUCACUUUACUAUUAGUACAAAUACUUUAUAAUAUAUUGUAAUGUAUAUACAUGAGAAUGUCUAACUUCUAUCUUCGCGUACAUUAUUCAAUUAUUGCGUAUGAUAAAUUUAAUUAAUAUGCACGAUUAGGCGUAUACAUUUUUCGAAAAUCGAUAUUGUGAAAUUCUAUGUCAUUCAAUGUGAUAAUAAUACUCUAAACUAAUAAAUAAUUAAACUAUA